CUCCACGCCAAACGGCCUCCCUCUUGGCGAUCAUCAUCCCGCGGCCGGUUCAUCAAGACCCCUGUGUCUCGCGACACCACCAUUCAGGGGCGGGCGUGUCUCGCACAUGUCGCCGAAUCCGGACAUUCAUCCUCCUUUUAUUCAUUAUUAAUAAGAACAAAGGCGCCGAUGGUCGCUGCGCGGUUCCUCCCACCCCAAAGGAGGUGCCUGUAGACAUACGUGCCUCACAUGCGCCCAGCGCCCGUUCAGCAUUUCCAUUCGACACUGGCGCUUACCAAGCAGAUCGGCCAUGAUUCAAUAUGCCGCGGUUCACUCUCCCGCUCGUCGCUCUGUCCGAGCUCGCGAGCAUCAAUAAUGUCUCCUUCCCCAGCUCCAACCACUACCAAGUCGUCACGCCCCACGACGGACUCGUCUGGCCAUGGCGCUCCUACAAGACCUCCUACCACACGCCGCCCGUGUUGAACGUCACCCACUAUGGCGGCGAUCUCGCUCCCGGGUACAUCUUCUUCUCGCCCGCCGACCAUCACGGAAAGUACGCCACACACGAGGCGUCCGGCACGGGCCUUGUGAUGACGAGCGACGGCGAGCUCAUCUUCGCCGCUGAGGGGAACGACUAUAGUUCCUGCACCAAGGUUCCGAGCGGCAUGACCAACUUUCGCAUGCAGCACUACCUCGGCCGUCCGCACAUUACCUACUGGGAUGGCUGCAACGACCCCCAUGCCCACUGGGGCCACCGAUGGGGUAGCCUGACUUUUCUCGACGAGGAGUACAACCACGUCACCGUCAGCCCGGACUUCCAUGUCGACACGCUAGACGACUCGACCCAGGGCCACAUUGACAUGCACGACCAGCGGGUGACGGACGACGAUACCCUCGUGGUGACAUCCUACAAUUCUACGCAGCUUGACCUUCGCUAUAUGGGCGGUGCCAUUGAUACGUGGGUAUCGGACAGCAUGUUCUUCGAGUUCGACGUCGACACGGGCGAGACGCUGUUCAAAUGGAGCUCCACGGAAACCGUCUUUGAACUGAUGAACGAGACGAACUACCCGUUGAACCCCAGCCGUGGCUCGCAAAGGGUCCCCUGGGACUGGUUCCACAUCAACUCCGUGCAGAAAGUUGGCAAGGACUACAUGAUCAGCGCCCGGCAUCAGUCCACCAUCUUCAUGAUCAGCGGCGAGGAUGGCCACGUGAUUUGGAAGCUCCACGGCAUCACCGGGGGCGACUUUGGCGAGAUGCCUCAACGCUUCCGUUGGCAGCACCACGCAACUGCGCAAAACGUCACUGCCAACGGAAUGGUGGUCAGUCUGUUCAACAACAAUAACGGAGGCGGAGAGACGGAGGCCUCUCAAAGCACCGCGCUCUCGUACUACCUGUCCCUCCCGCCCAACCCUGACCACCCGCCUCGCGUGGUUCAGCACCUCAAGGGCACCGAGAACAACUAUGCCUGGGCAGGUACGCAAGGCUCCUACCAGAUGGCGAUCGGCAACGGGAACGACUUCGUUGGGUACGGCAAAACCCCGCUCAUGCGGGAGUACGACAGUCAGGGCUAUCUGCUAUGGCAGGCGUGGUUCGGCGAAGCAACGACGGUCAUGAGCUAUCGCGCCUUCAAAGACCAGUGGAGCGGCACACCCAAGAACUGGGAUCCCAUCGCCCUCUUCGAGCCCCUCAGCCGCUACCCCGACCAAGCCAAUAUCUACGUCAGCUGGAAUGGGGCAACGGACAUAUCGCACUGGGCGAUUUUCGCCGGCGCGAAUCGCGAAGACCUCGUCCCCAUCGGUGUCGUGGAGAAGAAGGGCUUCGAAACGGGCUUCCAACCCCCCGCAGAUACGGGAGUCGACAUUCAAUGCGUGCAACUUGGCGCCGUGCGCGACGGCAUAAUCAUCCGCGGAUCCAAUGUCGCCUGCCGAACCGACGCCCCUGCACCACCAUCCAAAGCACAUAUCCCCUUCGAUCCCCUCCACUCAGGCCUGGACAUUACCUACCCCUCUCUCUUCCAAGCCGGCCUCGUCCUCGCGGUCAUGCUCGCCGCCUUCUGCGUCUACAAAUCUUGCUGUCGGCGCAAGCGCUUUCCCUCUUCCUCCGGCAGCCUCAUGGCAAAAGCCGCCGACGCCACUCUCCCUCGCUUUUCGCACGCGCGCGGCCCCUCCUGGUUCUCGUCGCACUCGCGCGCAUCUUCCCUGUUCUCGCAUGCGCGCGUCCCCUCCGGCUUGAGUUUGCGCGCUUUCACCCCUCCUGCAACGAAGUACAAACUGUCGCCUAUGGUCGGCGCGGAGGACGAGGGCGUGUUCGAGGAGGUGAAGGUUUCUGGCGCCGAGGCUUCGAGUCAAAGGGGAAGGAGGUCGACGUUGUUGGGUGCUGGUGGUGCGGAGGAAUUUGACGAUAUGAAGGAGGAUGCUGGCUCGCAUGAUGACGAUGACGAUGAUGGGUAUGAUAGUAGUCGGGAGGAUUCGAAUGCGCGCACGCCGUUCAUUCGGCGGGGUACGGAUUGGGAGAAAUAAAGGGCGUGAGUUUUGGUUUGCUCUCUUUCCAGCGGUUCGAUGAAGGCUUUUUUUUUUUGUAGAUAGGUGGA